GUCUCGUUGCAAACAGCAAAGCUCCCGUGAACGUUGAUCAGCUGAAGAAGAGAGCAGAAAGAUUUGGAAUGAACGUCUCAUCCGUUUCACAAAAGAUUGAAGAAGAUGAAAAGCUGAAAAAGAGGAAGGAGAGGUUCGGGGUUUCAACAGGUGCAGCCGGUGCAGCCGAUAUUGAGGCAAAGAAAAUGAAGCGCGCUGAAAGAUUUGGAAAUGUGUGAAUAAAUGUUUUAGAGACUUUUUUUUUCUUUCCUUAUUUUUUUUUUUUUUUUGAAAAGCAUUUUCAUUGCUGCACAACAGAGAUUCCCAAAGGAUUCCUGUAAAUCAAAUGUAUAAUUAUGUACAAACAUAAUAAAUGGUGAGUAAGAUCAUUUAAAUGGUUUGGAAAAAACAAAUUAAAAUUAUUUACUUAGCCUAAAUUCAGUGGAUAAUGUAAAUUAGACAAUCGUUUGAUUUGUCCAUUAGUUACUGGAACACCAUUUUCUCCGUCAUGGGAGGCUUUCAAACACAUUAUUUUUCAUUUCCCUCAGUUUUUAUACAGGAAUUAGAGGUGUGUUUCUAAACUGUACGGGCUAUUCGCUCCUGUGUAACAUAGACGUUUUGUUUUACUCCUCUUUCCUAAACGUACUAUUUAACAGGUACGACCCUCACUGUUCCCUCUCUGCUGCGCUCUCUCAAAGCUGCAAUGAAGUCCAUUUAUCAAGUCUGUCAAGCAACUAGGUGUGUAGUCAAACAGCUCCUGCAGGUGCUUCACAGUAAACACCUUCCAGAUGUUCUGGGGAAAACAUUUGUUCUCUGUGGAUCAGGUGAUUAUUUACUGUUUACUCUUUAAAUAUAAUCUUUAAAUACAGUGGUGCAUAAAAUCACCAGAAAUUUCACAAAUCAAACUGAGAGAAAAUUGAAACAAGGAGUACAUUUACUGUGAAGCAGCUUCAGGAAGUGUUUCAUUAGCUAACAGAUCUUUACACUAGAGCUUGCUGAAAGUUGUCUUGAAGCUAAAUUAGAACAUUUUUGUGCUUCUUUUUUUUUACGAGUGCAUUAAUGUGAAUAGAUUGUUACAGUUAUGACAAAGAUUUGAAAAGACGAGCAGAUGAGAAACCAGUGAGGAUCUAACUUGUUGGUUAGGGGUGAGAAUAAAAAAGAAAAAUCCUUAACUGUAUCCGCUAUGCAGGAAAUAAUACCUAGCAAAAAUGGCCUUUGUGUUAUCAAACAUGCAGCAGGGAAAACAGGACUUUUUGGCCGUGGAAACAGAAAAUGUGGAAUAUGUUUGUACAAAGACUAAGGAAAAUCCUAAAAUAUAAGUUUAACAAAUUUCUAUGAUAGGUAAGAGUAAAAAAUCCUGUAUUUCUGCUUUAAUUAAAAAAAAAAAACAUUUUCUAACAAUCCAGUUAAACUCACGUAUUUGAAUUUACUGUGUACGUAAUUGUACUUUUGAUUUAUCAGAUGGCCUGUUGUUUUCUUUUGGGGACUACAUUGGUACACUGCUUCAGUAAUCUGUCCAUUUUAUAACAUUUUGUGAUUUAAAAUAAAUGGUUUUCAAUUUUUUGAUA